AUGGACAUUGAGAGGAUCAUGCAGCUACCAGGGGCAGCAAGGUCGAUGAAGAAGGCACUGGACAAAGCCUUGGAUAGCACUGACUAUUCCUUCUGUCUUGCCACCCUUCUUUUAAGCGGUCAAGGUGGGGUCUUAAUACAGGCUCUCUUUUGUGACAUUGGAGGAGAUCGCAUGGUUCAUGGAUAUCGAGACAAAGUAUCGCUGCAGUCACUAGACAAAGUUAUAACUCGGUUCAAACUCGAAGGAACGAUUUCUACCAACGGCCUUGUUCUGAAUCUACUCGCCUAUGACACAACCCAGACGAAGAGACAGCGAACUACCGUCGGAUGCGAUUCUGAUAUUGUUAACGCCCUUGCGUUUUCCUCGAUGGAUCCUCACAACCCUAACUUGUGGCAAACGGUGAAGGUGAGAGGCAGGUUCUUGUACCUUCCCGUCCUCCGCUUCAAUCACCCGUUGAACAAAAGGAACCGUGAAAAAGAAAUGAUUGAGAUUGAGAGCGCCAUCCCAGUAAUUGAAAGGAAUACGUACAACGAGUACUUUCAAUGGGUGAAUGAGGAGUCCCAGACACAGACAGGAUCAACGAAUUUGGAUGUGCUUUAA